AUGUUACAGGACAUACUUUUACAAGCUCACUCUUUCAUAGUGGUGCACCCGUACUGGUCAGCCAUUGCUGCUGUUGGAUUACUUUUCGUGCACUAUUUUAUUUACUUGCCAAUUUCGUCCCCGCUUUGGAAGCUUCCCGGGCCAUACACCUACCGAGUUUCGCAAAUCCCUGCUUUGAACCAUCAACGUAGAGGAACUUGGAUACAAAAAGUGUACAACUUGCACAAAACAUACGGCCCAGUAGUUGUGUUAUCACCCAAAGAAGUCAGCGUGUAUGGACUCAAGUAUGUGAAUGAUAUCUACAUUAAAAACUUUCCCAAGUCAUCGUUUUACGCAAACUUCACAAACCACGGCCAUGAUAACAUCUUUGCUUCACUAAACAAUGAACAACAUUUGAAGUACAAGAAGAUCAUAAUGAGACUAUACAACAAGGGGAACAUCAUGUCACCUGAGAAUGACACAAGGAGGGUCAUGAUCGAGUCUACUACGAAGUUGUUGGACUACAUUUAUAAAAGUUCUGUCACUGGUGAAACCCCCGAUUAUGCAAGUGUGAGUCCAGAAUUGAACCUACAUGCCAAAGGACACCACGUUGCCUGGUUCAACAAAUCACAACGAUCAAAUAAUCUCGGGGUUGAAGUGUUUUCAUUAUUUGGAGCAUAUGCAAUGGAUGUUAUUUCAAAGUUUGAAUUGGGCAAAACAAACGGACUGGACUUGUUGGAUAAUCCAUCUGAUCGCGAAAUCAUUUUGAAACAUCGCCAAGUGUCAGGUAUGUUAUUUUGGACUACUUUGAUGCCAGAAUUUUGGAAUUUAGCUGCCACUAAAAUGGUUUUACAGAGUGUCAAAGAUAUAUCACAAUUCAGAGUGUCCUUGUAUGAUUAUGCUGAGAGACACUUCAGCAGAAACGGGAAAAGCUUGACCACUUUGGAAUCAUUGAAGGCGAAUGGGUUAAACGGACCCCAAGCAUAUUCGUUCUUAUCAGACAACUUGUUUGCAGGUCACGAAACAACAGCUGUUCAGUUAUGCUAUUUGGUCUAUGAGUUAUCCCGGCCGGGGAACAAAUCGUUGGUCAAGAGGUUACAAAGAGAGCUAUUCGAGCACUUUGGCAAGCCUGCAAUGCAUAACGACGUGAUUGAAGAUUUGGAACAAAUAGACAAGCUUGAGUUUUUGGAUGCUUUAUUGUUGGAAAAUUCAAGAGUACACUCCUCGAUUCCAGGAGCGGAGCCGAGAGUUGUCAAUCAAGAGUACACCGUGGAAGGGGUAUCACUCCCCAGAGGGACGGUCAUAUCCUGCUUGCCAUAUGCAUUGCAUCGAGACCCCGCAGUUUUCCCCAAGCAUGAGCACUUUAUCCCUGAUCGGUGGUUGAGGUACUCUGAGGAAACAGAAGAAGAGUUUCAACAAAGGUUGAAGCUACAAAAUAAAUAUAUGAUGCAUUUUGGCAAGGGAAUACGCAUGUGUCUCGGAAUGCACUUGGCAUGGAUGGAAAUGAAGCUAGUGGUGGCCAGCUUGUAUUGGCAUUUCCACUCCGCUUUGGAUGACGAUUGGUGUGAGAUCAAAGUGGAUUUGGAGCCAAUAAAAUUCGGUAGAGAGAAUACAAAAGGAGCUCGAAGCGAUCAAGAAAUGAUGUGCAUGAGUGAUGCCUACACAACAACUGGGCCUAUAAACGAGGAGUGUUGGAUCAGAUGGUUUGAAAAUUAG